UAAAUAGCUGCCUUGCCUCCUUCCACGGCCCUUCACGCACUCACUCAGCCACCUUGCUCUCACUCCUUCGCUGGUCGAGGAAUUCAUACUUUCAUUCUCAGUCAUUCAUUCAAAAGCAGCCGUCGCUCGUGCCUUCCGCUUCACAGAUUCUACAUCAUAUCAAAAACGGUCCAACUCUAUCUCCAAGUCUCCAGCCCUACCAAAAUGCUCUGCAAGGCUUCCAUUAUCUUGGCCGGUGCCCUCGCACUUGGUGCCCUCGCCGUACCCAUUCCCGAAUGCCCUAACAGCCAAAACGACAAUACAUCCACCUCUCCUGAUACCAACACCAGCAAUCCUGUCGGUUCUGUAACCGCCGAUCAGCUCAUCAAGAUCGCGCCCGCGACCGCAUCCUGCUCUGGCGCAGAUUUUCCCGAGGAAUGUGUAGAUGCUGCCACCGCGGCUACUGCCCUCAACAAGUCCUUCGACACGUAUGGUAUUAAAACUGCGGGCGAGAAGGCAGCGCUCAUCGCUUACACCUUGUUUGAAUCCGGCAACUUCAAGUACAGCAAGAACCACUUCCCUGGUCGUCCCGGACAGGGAACCCGCAUGAUGGCUAUGCCUCCUUUCGUUGCCAAAUACGCCACUGCUGUAGCCGGCGCAGAUGCUGUCGCUACGGCAAGCGCUGCAGGAGGUGACGCUGGACUGAACGCUGUCCUGGCGCUUGUCAACAGCGAUGAUGCGACGAGCUUCGGUAGCGCGGCCUGGUUCUAUAGCACUCAGUGCACUGAAGCUGUCAAGACUGGUGUGGCCGCUGAGACCAUUGACGGCUGGCACAACUUCUUGACAGUGUGUGUCGGUACUACCUUGGACGAGACACGCGACACACCAUGGGUUGCCGCCAAGGCUAUCAUUCUUGGUUGAGUCUUAGCUGAAUGAGCCUAUGGGCAAACUGAACUUUUAUGAUGAUGAGUGUUCUUUCUUGGGAGCGAUGGAGCUGGGAGUAUCCUUAUAUCUUAUACCACUUGCACAAACAACGAAUUCAAAUUCAAAC